AUGGAAGCUCAACUAGCUAAUUACGUCAGAGAUAUGGAUGCUAGAUUCUAUGGGCUACUAAAAAGUUCAAAGCAAGGGAAAACCGUCUUGGAAAAUACACAAAAUGCGCCCAAUGAACCAGACGCUAUAUGUCCUGGUUGUGAUGAAGAAUUCACAGAUCCACCAGACGAGGACUGGAUUCAAUGUGAAAAAUGUGAAAAAUGGUGGCAUGAAUCGUGCUCAAAUUAUCUGGGAGGUAAUUAUGUGUGCGACUUUUGCCCACAAUAG